GAGCAGCCAAUGGCGAGGCGGAGGCGGGCGCGGCCGACCAAUGGCGCGGGGUGAGGGGGGCGGGGCUGCGGCCGAGGCGCGGCGGAUCGCGGUGAGCGCUGGGCCGGCGGGCCGCGGGUCUGCGCGCCGGGCCCGGACCCUCCUGCAGUGCCGGCGCUGACACCGACGGGGCUGCUCCCGCUGUCUACCGCCUGAGCAUACACCCGGGCCACCCCCACCCCGCUGCGCCCAGAACAGACCAUCAGUUCCCCUUUCCUCGACCCCCCUGCGCCAUGGCAGAGCCGCGGUACCUGCAGGCCGAUUGCAGUUUUCGGCCCGGGACACACACGGUGCGGGUGACCCUGGCUCGCACUGUGCUGCGGGUGGAGGUGGAGGCUCACGGCACCGCUGAUCUGUGGAGGGGCGAGUUCGAUGCCACUUUCAUCGAGAACAUGACCCGCAAAACCGGGAAUUUCAAGCAGUUCGGCAUUUUCUGCAGCAUGCUGGAGUCAGCACUGAUGCAGAGCAGUGAGUCCGUCAGCCUGGAGCUCCUCACCUACACCGACCUGGAGACCCUGCGUAGCCGGAAAGUGGGGGCAAUCGCCCGGCCUCCCCCUUCCUCCUCUUCCCCCCUCAGUACCAGGCGCUACCUUAUCCUCGUCUACUCUGUGGAGUUUGAUAGGAUCCACUACCCACUGCCGCUGCCUUACGCUGGGCGGCAGGACCUUGCCACACUGGUGCGGGAGUUGCGGGAGGAGCUGGCACAGCUUCGGGCACGACGCCUGGAGGAGAUCCAGCACCUGCGGGACGCGCUGCGACGCACAGUGGAGGAGAAGCAGGUGGCAGAGGCCCGGCAUCAGCGUGAGCACCGUCAGCUGGCUGCCCAGCUGGCUGAGGCAAAGGCAUCAGAGCAGAGGCUGCAGAUGCGGGUGAAGAGCCUGACAGCCGAACUGGCCUCCUGCAGGAGGGGCCGCCGGACAUCUGCCAGCACGGCCCCCUGCCCCCAGAAGCAACGCUCAGCAUCCCUGGAGAGCCACAGGAGCAGCCUGGGCCGCCCCUCUCUGCGAUCCCCAUCACCUGCAGGUUCCCGCCUGCCACGCUUCGACCCCACUGCCUUCGUCAGGGCCCGGCAGCGACGGCAGAAGGAGGCUGAGCUCAGAAACCAGCGGCACAGGGCAGCUUUUGGCAGCACCAGUCCGGUGAGGAGCCAUGGGCGCAGCUCAUCGGCCACAAGCUUCCGGAGCUGGUGCUCAGCAGCGAGCUCUGGCAGCAAAGGCAGUGAGCGCCCCAAGGCCAUGCCCCACAGUGACAGGAGGGUGACCCAUACCGAGAGACCUCUGAGCACCUCGUCCUUCAACGGCCCCUGUAUGGCACCUCGCCUGGCUGCCAGCCACAAGCUGCCCACACGCAGUGCUACCAGCAAGUGCCCUGGUAAAGAGAACCACUCUGAAGAACCCUUGGCCGAGCUGGCUGAGAUUGAUGCCCGGCUGUGGGCACUGCAAGAGUACAUGAGCAGCCUGGACACCUGCAUGUGACUCCCCCCAGGGACUCCCCAGCCCCUCUGGGAACCCUCCCCCCUCCCUGUGUCAUGGAGGUGACGGUGGUGUGGGGCAAGCAUUCCCCCAAAUAAACCCUUGUCUGGCCCUA